AUUGGAUUGGUUUUGUUGUGACGUCUAGGAUGUUGUUACUAUAUUGUUAUUAGAAUAUUGAUAUUUUAAGUCUAUGAAUAUGAGAAGACCGUAGACUUCUGCAGGUAAGAAGUGGUGCUUGCCUUUCUUUUCCACAGAUCAGAAUGGAGCAAUUCUGACAUGAAUUGGUUUCCUUUUGCAGACAAAAACUAUCAUGGUUUCAUCGUAUGCUCAGACAAAAGAAGCCAGUCAAACAAAUUAUAUAUUUUGAUAUUAAACAUCAUUCAAGGAGUAGUACAGUAGACCCUACUCAGGAUGCAAUAAUAACAAUAGUAAUAUAAUAGUUGAAUUUGCAUGAUAAUCCUACAGUUCUACAAACAACCAAAAUUUCUGUUUGGUACAAAAAUAUUCAUUACUCAUUCAUGAUCAUCUUUUCCAAUCAAAAUUUGAAAUGAAUUUGUUGGGAAAUGAAAGUCAAUUGUAGUAGAUGACUGCAAGUCUAUGCAUAUUCUCGGAACGUGGUAGCAAGUUUUAGAAUUGUCUGUGGAUAUAUGAACUAGAGUUUCUUAUUUGCCUUGGAUGUUAAGCACUUUGUUUCUCUUCUACUGUUUUGUAUUUUCUUUGGACGGUGUAUUUAGUGCUUGUAUUCUGUAAUCAGCUUCUUAACUUUAUUGAGUGGGCCCCUGCAAGCAUUCAGGUUCUUCUGCACUCUAGAUUUUGUGUGUAUAAAUGAGUUCAUUUACUUCAUUUGGCAAUAUUUGGAUGUUUGAUCUUGUACUUUCUGCUUGUGUGUGCAGGUUGCGUUGUCUAGGAAGUCUCCAUAUGUGCAAACUGGCCAUAGGGUCAGUGGUCUUAUGCCAGCCAGCCAUACUAGUAUUCGCCACCUUUUCAGCAAGUGUUUGAGCUAGUAUUCGUUGUUAAGAAGGAAGCAAGCUAACCACUGCAAGUGGCCUAGUGGUUCUUGCCUAGUUGGGUGUGCUCCCCAAACUAGGUUCGAAUCCCGAAGCUGUCAAAGUGGCCAGGCACUGUGCUGCAAUGCACAGUUGGAGCAUUUCACAUGCGCCGAAGGGGUUUAUCUUGAGCCUAGGAAGUCUUUGGGUUCCCCUUGACAAAGUCAAAAAAAAAAAAGAAGGAAGCAAGCUUUUCUUGACAACUACCGGAAGUUCCCAAUGUUUGCUGAGAAUGACCUUUCAGAAUUUGAUGAAUCAAGAGAAAUACUUGAGUGUUUGGUUGAUGAAUAUAAGGCCUGUGAGUCCCCAGAUUACAUCAAAUGGGGAAUGGAGGAUCCAGACCACGUUCUUACAGGAGAAGGCAGUGCAGCAGGAACAGUGGACCCAAAAUUGGCAGUAUGAACAAUUUAGAUUGUUCGAAGAUACUAGCUUGAUUACUACACUUGGACUUCAUCGGAAGAUUUGUAGCACCCUGCAACGGCGAUAAGUGCUGAAUUGCUGAUAUCCAUGGUGGCAUGUUGCUCGUAACUAUUCAUUGUUUAAGCUAGUCUGCCAACCAAAAUUAUAAUUGUUGUAAUACUCCACAGAUUGUAAUCUACUCUUGACUUGAGGCUGAACUCUAGUCGAUAAACAGACAC